AUCGUAUGCCGAUUAACUUCUUCUGUGAUUUAAAUAUAAGCUUGAGUUCAUUCAAACAUUUCAUUCAUACACGCUUGAAUGGUGUAGCUGUAAGAAAGAGAAUGUCACUCAAGAUUAAGAUUGAAUAUUUAGUUCUUUCCUUAAGUCUACUUUGGCGGUGUUGCUAAUUUGAUCUUUGAUUUGAUGUCUACCAUAAAUACUACCCCUAACUAAUAACCUGAGAAUAAUACCUUCUAAUUUAUCCUGAGCACCCUGAUCCAAAACUAGAACUACACCAGUUUCAUUUAAUAUUUUGAGAACCGAUUUAUGAGAAUCUUGACUUGACUUGACUCUCUUUUAUCGCUUCAAAUACCUUAGCCAGCAAAAGCUUUGCUAUAUUUUCGUUUUAGAUUCUUUUAUGAAUCAAGAUUAAACUUUAGUCACGCUCGAGUAGUUUAACUGAAAGGAACAGAAUCGACAAUAUGAUGAAACUCGAAUAUUUUAUUCUUCUUCUAAGUCUGCAUAUAAUUGUUGCAUAUGCCGAUCAUGAAGUCGUACCUGAACACGUACCCAGAGUAGUGUGUUUUUAUGAUACGAUAAGUUCUUUGCGUGAAGGUCCAGCAAAGCUUACCAAUGCGCUCUUACAAAUACCUCUGAUCAAUUGCACUCAUUUGGUUUAUGGCUAUGUGGGAAUACGAGGAGACAACUAUGAAGUGAAGAUUCUAAAUGAAGAUUUUGAUAUUAAACAAAAUCAGUUUGGCAAUGUGACGUCGUUUAAGAGCAAAUAUCCGCACUUGAAAAUUUUAUUGAGUGUAGGCGGAGAUCGUGACAUCGAUGAGGCGUAUCCAAAUAAAUACAUGGAUCUACUUGACGGAGGAUUAGAGAAGCAGAUACAAUUUAUCGAGUCAGCGUAUGCGCUUGUUAAAAAGUACGGAUUUGAUGGUCUUGACUUAGCUUAUCAGUUUCCACGGAGCAUGCCUGCGAAUAUUUUGAAACGCAAGGAACAAUUUAAUGAUUUUAUUCAAUAUUUGGCGCGUUUAAGAUUCAGAAUUAAUGGAUUACUGCUAACUCUAACUAUGCUACCAAGAGUGAACCCCAACUGGUAUAUACACGCCAUUGGAAUUGAUAGUAAUCUUAACUUUGUAAAUUUGGGCACAUAUGACUUCUUCACACCCACACAAAAUCCCCACGAAGCGGACUACACAGCACCACUUUAUCACAAUUCCACUCAGAAUAGAGAGAAAUUCAUGAAUGUCGACAACCAGGUGCGUUAUUGGGAAAGCCGGCCUUUUAGUCAUCGUAAUUUAAACAUGGGAUUUGGUAUUUAUGGAAACGCUUGGGCGACAACUCACAAAUCUGGUACAACUGGCGAACCCAUCGUACAACAUACGAAUGGUCCUGCUCAAGGAGAUUUAUUUUCCCGAAAAGAUGGUGUUGUUAGCUAUUCUGAAAUAUGCAAUAUACUGCAACGCGGUUAUGGUAAAAAUUAUUAUAAUUCAUCACUAGCCGCUAGCUUUGCAUACAAUCAAACACUUGACGCUGAACACGAAGGAUUCUGGUUAACCUACGAUAAUUUAGUUACUCUUGCUAACAAAGCGAGAUAUGCGAGUAGAUACAUUGGCGGUGUGGCUAUAUUCAACCUUGGAUUUGAUGACUUUCAAGGCUACUGCAAUGAAGAAAAGUUUUUAAUAUUAAAUCACAUAAGAUCAUAUUUGCUACAUCCUGAGCAACCGGAUCCCAAGCUUGAACUACAUCAGCUUCCCCGACCCAAACUGCAACAUUCUCUAUUAACCACAUUGUAAAGAGCUCUUAUCAAUAAUUGUUGUCAACUAUGUCAAAUAAAGUGACAGUAGAUUAUCAAUAU